UGAAGUUCGUUCAUGUGAUACUCUUGAAUAUUAAUUUUAUUGACAACAUCAAUUUAUAGCGUAAACGAAGCGGACGGGAAAAGCUUCUCCGAGUCGCUCGCUUUCGUUCAAAACAGCGUCUCAAAUUCCCAGAGAAGAAUAUGAUUGAGAAAAUUUAGGAGGGAAGAACAGAGCAGAGGCGGAGACAAUGGAGAGCGGAGGCACUCGAAUGGGAAGCAGAUCAUCAACACGCUACGGACCCGCCUCUGUUUUCAGUGGUCCUGUUCGCAAGUGGAAGAAACGUUGGAUUCCUUAUCCCUCCUCCUCCUCCACCACCACUUCCACCUCCUCCACAGCACCCACUUCCAAGCUUUGCCUCUACAAAUGGACUUCUAUCAAUGGUGGGACCAAGGACGAGACAGCCGAGGAACCUCCUCCCCGCAAGGUUCACUAUGUUCCGGCAUGUGUGAUUGAAGAGCAAAGGAAAGAGGCUGUGAAUGCUGAAGAGGAGACAGAGAAUGCUGAAGUUGCAGCGGCAACUGAGGACUCAAACAAAGGUGACACUGAAAUGGCAGAAGCUGUGGAACCCGUGACUGUUGAUGCUGAAGAAGCAAAGGUGGACCCCUAGGCUAGUGAGAUUUUAUUCAAAUCUCACAGUUUUUGCGGUGCAUUUUCAACUAAUUAGUUGCCUUUUACGCUCUUGUAUUUCAGUUGUUCCCAACAGAGUUGCCAAUCUCUUGCUCAUCAAGUUUUUAGAGCAGCUCCAUAGUUCUUUCAUUUUUGUUGUCAAUUCAUUCUAUGUAGAAUGCUCAUAUGGAAAUAUCCAGAUAAUGGACAACUUGCAAUUUGGGUUUUGAUCUAUUGGUCACUGAAUCAUUGGCUGUCACAAUGGUGGAUUUGCAUUUAAUUUGUGUAUUAUGACACCAGUUUGCAAUAUUGAUUUUAAUCUGUAUCUAAUAACGUGUCUGUAAUGUUUUCUCAAUA